AUGGGGAGAGUCACAUUGAUCAACUCAGUCCCAAUUUCAAUUCAUUCAUAUUGGGCUCAGAUCAUGAUUCUACCCAAGAAAUUGCUCAAAGAUGUUGAAGCGAUAUGUAGGGCCUUUCUUUGGAAAGGUAUCUCGGACUCUCAUAUUCCAGGUUUAAUUGCUUGGGAGAAUAUUUGUGUAUCAAGGGCUGCAGGUGGCUUGGGUUUUCGGAGGCUACAUGAUUGGAAUAUGGCUGCCAUGGGAAAAUAUGUUUGGGCAAUUGCCAAGAAGAAAGAUAAUCUAUUUGUCAAGUGGAUAAAUAGUGUCUAUCUGUUGAAUCAAAAUUGGUGGGAUUACAAGUGUCCCACGGACUGCAGCUGGUACUGGAAGUGCUUAGUUGCUGUGAAGGAUAGUUUCAAAGUGAAAAUUUCUCAGGAUUCAUUCUUGUCUCAGAAAUAUACUAUCAAAUGUGGCUUAGACUUGCUGACCCCUCAAGAAUCUAGAGUGCCAUGGAGGAAGUUUGUUUGGGAUAGACUCAUUACUCCCAAGCAUCGAUUUCUUAUGUGGUUAGUCAUGUGGGAAAGACUACACACAAAGGACCGAAUUGUUAAAUAUAAGCCCAAUCUUGAUCAGUCAAUCAAUCUUACUCGUCUCCUGCAUUGGAUUUCUCAUGCCAAUCUUAUAUCCAGUACAUACAAAAGCAUGCUGUUUUCUUUUCUUGCUGGGACAGUGUACCAUAUAUGGAGAGUGAGGAAUGAUGCACUAUGGAAUCACAAGCUCUGGCAAGUUCAACAUACAAUUAUAUAUAGGGGCUAG